UACACGAAGAAUUGAUUGAAACUUUUAGGCACUUUUUGUCUCAUUACUUCAGAUUACACUUAAGUACUUUACAUAGUUUUCUCAUUUAAUGGUUAUUUUAUAUUUUCAAUGUGUGAAAAUUAUUUAAUGCGUGAUAUUUCAGAUAUCUGAGAACUCUGUAAUUUUGACAUGACUGAACGCCGAGGCAUCAGUUGUGUUUUGGUCUGUAAAAAGCUUUAAUUGUAAUGGAUCCGAAAUCUCUGUUGCACCGUCUUGAUGGACGCUCGCGGUUGCUGGUUCACGCGCUGCAUUCAGGGCCAAACAAUGCGCAGACAGUUUAUAAUAAACAGCGCAAAUCUGAUCCAGAUUUCUCUCUCGCACCUUUUUUAGAGACGUUAUGCCAGCAGGAAGCUCGUGUGCAUGAGGAUGCUCUCGUUUCGAAACCGUUGGUGUGUCUGUUUUCUGAAGUCUUCAAGCGUAAUCUCCUCUGCUUUCUGCAUCUCAUUCACACUAAAUUACCAAAACAGAGUAUCCUCCAUCUUCUGCAAUGUCUAAGCCAGGAUCACAGUGAAAAUCAGUGGUCAUAUGUCUUAAUCAAACAGCUUUAUAGAGAUAUUGAGGGCACUAGGAAAGAAUCCCUUCUCACCCCAACAUGCACAGAGAAGCUAAAGGAUCUCUGUGAGAGAUUUAGAGAUGAUAAUAUGAAGGGUAGAUGGGCAUCUUGCUUGCAGGGGAUUGAAAAAGAGCAGGCUGAUGAUCAAGCAGUUCUGUCUCAGAAAAAACGAAAAAGUGACAACAUUGAUCUUGAUGAGGAAGAUGUUCAUCAAAGUAAAAGGGUAAGGAUUGAUUUCUGUACAGCCAAAGAAGAAGAGAAGUUGACUGAGGAACAGGAGGAAUCUCAAAUGAGUACAUCACACUGUGUGGACCAUGGUGCUGCACCCAAACCGCAGACUUGUCUGUUAGGGUCCACAAAAGUCCUGUCAGACCACAUAAAGGCCGCUGUUCCUGUGAUUAAAGAAUUGCUAGAUACAGAGUCAGGGUGGGAUAAGAGCUCUGUGUCUGCUUUGAAAGUAUUGCACGAAUGUGACCCAGAUGAGGUGGAAGUACUGUGUUCAAUGUUGAAUUUGUCUGAAGCACCUGAACAGAGUUUACCCCAGUUUUGUAGCUGUCUGCUUGAACUGUACCCAGACCUCAGUCACAGCACUGCUUCUGCUGUCAUAACAAACCUCCUACUUAAGAAGAUUGUGUCUCUUGAGGAACCAGCCUCACGCUGUUUGGUCACAGGUGUGAUGUCACUUUGCACUCGAUACCCCAGACCAACCUGUCAAGCCCUUAUAGAGCCAGUCCUACGAAAGGAACAGACAGGAAGUUGCCAGGCGGAGUUACUCUGUAAACUGGUAGAAGAUUGCCUUGAGCCCCAUCAUAGACUUCAUGUAUUCCGGACAAUACUUGAAGUGUCACCAUGGGAUGAGGGUGUAUUGUUAGUCAUCCAUGCAUUGCUGGAUUCAAAGCUUGAGCUAAAUGAGGAGUAUUUCUCUCUCUUCACUGACCAACUCUGCAGCCAGUCUCCACAUUUCAGCAAAUCAAUGAAAUUUGCCAAGAUUAUGCUGAGUGUUUUGACCAAAUAUCAGUCAUAUGUCAAUGCUGCAUGCCACCGCACACUUUCCAGUUGUCUGCCUUUAAAUGAGACUUUUCUCAAGAAGUCCCUGCUGGCUGCAUUAAAACGGAUUUCCCUUUGAAGGAUAUUGUGACCAUUUUUUUGUUCAACUGUGCAUUAAUAAAUGGUUCUAAGUUAAUAAGAUUGUAUAUUUUGUAAAUAGAUUUAACAAUUCUUUAUUCUGAAUUUUUCUUAUAUAGUAUUAAUAUAUAAUAAAUAAAUAAAAAAUAUUAAAUAACAUUUCAAGUACACUGUCUCAAUUGUGUUUUUAAAAUGCCUUGCACUAAACUUCUUUUAAUGCCAACAUGAUGUGUAAACCAUCUACCAAAUGUAAAUGUAAUGUCUGAAAAUAAAUUCUUAAGGAUUUGUUUUAAAGUUAUUUGAAAUGUUUAUUAAUGGUUAUUAUUUGUAUUAUUAUGUCUAUUUUUUAUUACUUCACAAACAAUCAAGGCAUAUGUUUAGCCUUAGGCUGAGCAUAUUAGCAAGUGUAAAUUACAAAAAUCCAAAAUAAAAGCACAAACUCAACAUUUAAAAAAUAUAGUAAAUUAAAAAUGACAUAACAAAAACAAUUUUUUUAGUAAUUUACUUUAAUCACUCUUAAAUGUCCUGAAAACCAAAAAAUAUGGCGGAAGCGGAAGUCCCUCACUCUCUCUCAGUGACAGGCGCUUAUAUUCAGCGCAACUUCCCUUCGCUCCUCCUUUUCGAGCUCGGUGUGUGAGGAGAAAGAUCGUGGCAAAAUGAGGCACGUGAGAAACCUUUAGAAAACGUUAUAACUAAUGUCAAAACCUCUUUUACAUGUGUAUUAUACCAUAUGCUAGUAACUAUUUGUCAGUUAUCGUAUAUCGUUAGUAUCCGUCAUCGUUCUGUGAGUUUCACUAGCAGCGCUGACGAAUUGUAGCCGGUCACCUAGAAUGCAAUCCACCGUAAUCUAAAGUCUCCAAAGCUUCAUCUACCAUUUUAAAUGUUGUGUUUGUUGAAACUCAUAAGUAACAUCAGUAAUACCGAAAUAUUAAGGCCUGGAAAACAUAGUUUUGGGCAUAUUAGCGAUGCGUUUUCCGUUUGGUCUGCUAACACUGUCACCGCUAAAUAACUGCAAUACUAUUACACUGAGACGGUCACAUAUAACUGUUUUAUUUUCUUUUACAGCAAGGUUUCAAGGGACACAUUGUACGAGGCGGUUCGGGAGGUCCAGGCUGGCUCCCUUGCCAAGAAGAGAAAGUUUGUUGAAUCGGUGGAACUGCAGAUCAGCUUGAAGAACUACGAUCCCCAGAAGGACAAGCGUUUCUCGGGCACUGUCAG